UUUGGUAGUACCGAAGUAUUAAGGAUGUCUUGCUGUGAAAUCAGACAAAACAUUAUUUCAGACUGAAGAAAUUCUGAUCGCGAUGGAAGAGACAGAUCUUCUAGCGGAAAAUAUUAUAAAAGUUGAAGAGGUAGACAGUUCUUGUUCGUUUCAUAUGUUUUUAAGUGACUUUAAGAAUUCGAUAAAAGUGGCAAAAAUAAUGAUCAAAGAAGAGCAUGCGGACAACGAAGAAGACUAUUGCUGGAAUUCCAUUGCAAAAGAUGAACCCAGUGAUUCACUGCAUUCAGUCAAAGAAGAAGAUAAUAAAGAUGAUGAGGAGUUGGAGCCUCCACUUGCUGUGUUUGUUCAGCCACUGGAGGAGCAAGAAGGAGUUUGUAUUGAAGAAACAAAGGAUCCUCUUGCGGCGUGUUGUGAAGGUGCUUCUGUUGCAACAAUGAAACCAGAAACUGCUUCAUGUUCCCCAGUUCGAGAAUUUCGUAGUGAUAUGCGCAACCUCACUGAUCAAAAAACUAUUCAGUAUUCAGUCUGUGAGAAGAGAUUCACUCGAAAACCGAAUUUACAUGAGCACAUGCGCACGCACACUGAAGAGAAACCUUUUCAGUGUUUCGUCUGUGAAAAAUGUUUCAGUCAGAAAGGACACUUAGAUAUCCACAAGCGUACUCACACUGGAGAUAAACAUUUUCAGUGUUCCGUCUGUGAAAAAUGUUUCAGUCAGAAAGGAAGCUUAGAUAUGCACAUGCGCAUCCACACUGGUAAUAAACCUUUUCAGUGUACCAUCUGUGAAAAGAGCUUCAGUGUAAAGGGACACUUAGAUACCCACAAGCGUAUUCACACCGGAGAAAAACCUUUUCAGUGUUCCGUCUGUGAAAAAUGUUUCAGUCGAAAGGGAAUAUUAAAGGGACACAUGCGCACGCACACUGGAGAUAAACCUUUU